CUUGCUAUCCAUGUGCCAGAGCCAUGAGUUGGUUGCGAGAUCUUAUGGGUUUCACCUUUAGCCUACCCCAACUUGUUUGGGACUAAAGGCUUUGUUGUUGUUGUUGUUGUUGUUUGGGCCUGCGCCCACAUGCUAAUGUUUGCUGACUCUAUGACACACUGUGUUUGAGAACAAUAUGACGAACCACCAUGUAUAUAGCGAAGUUGUUAAUCCAGUUUUUAUCUCUGAUCUAUCUACUAAUACUGUUAAUUUUUUUUUCUUUGGAUGCAAUAUGUUCUGAAAAGACCCUUGGCCAUUACUCAUUAGGUUUUGUCUUCACUCCUAUUUCACUGUAUGAUGAAAUAAUUAUGGAUGUUUCUUGCAAAUACUUGGUCAUUAGGUGUCAUAGUUGUUAUUUAGUGUUUGGAAGUAACCAGGGAUACUAAAAUUAUCAUUAGGUGUUGUUUCCAUUCUUUAUUGUUCAUAUGGGGAAAUCCAUCUGACUUUUUCUUUAUUUCUGAAAGUUUAUGAUGAUUUUGGGCAUACCAAGCUUAAAGAAGAUAUCUCACAAGUAAGUUUGAUAUACUGGAUACAUCUUGAUAUGUAUGAUAUCCUCACUGCUUUUAGGGUGACACUGUGAACUUGGGCUUUUUGGAUGGAAAAAAAGUUGAUCCAAACUGACACCAUGUAUUCUUAUGGAUUUAUGAGUCUUCUCAUUGUAGUUAGAGCGUUCCUCUUGCGCGGAGCUUACUUUAUUUUAUGCUUUGUCAGUGUAAUCUCCAAUUUCAUUCACAUGUAUACCAUUACUCUUCUCAUGGUCUUGCAGAUGCAUCGUGUCUAGCUUUUUAGCCUUGCAAAUUAGAGGUAUUGAUUGAUACAUGCAUAUUAUUGGAAUAUUUGGUGCUUUGAAAAGACUAUGGGUGGAGUUAACAAACUGACUGAAUGUAUGAAAGAAAUCCAAGACUCUUUGUCAGCUUCUCUUGGAGCUUCUGCUAAUUUCAACAAGGUAAUAUUUAAGAUUUAUUACAAUCUUGUAUUUAAUUAUUUUAUCUGAAUCACUUACAUCUAUACUAUUACACACACAAAAACUUGCAUGAUUAAACAGAGGAGGAACUUAAAGAAUUGGAGUCUACUUGCUGAUUUCAUAGGACUAAUUCACUGGUGCACGAUGAAUGCUCUAGCAUACACAGGUGGAUUUUCCCAUAUAAUUGUAAUAUUAAUGAAGACGUGCGUUGCACGUGCACGCUUACUAGUAGGAAGGAAGGAGAAAUUAAAGGAAGGUGCAGAGUUUCUAUGUGUGCACGUAGGUGGCUGUUGAGAUUUCCUCUUCUGCGAGUUGUGAACGUAGGCGAGGGGUUAGUUGGUUGGGAGAGAUGGGCCACUUCGGCCAGGCCCAUGGGGAAGAAAAAUAUAGAGAAGGAGUGGUUGGGUAGGAGGGAACUCCUAUGUGACAUUUUGCGUCAACUAGGUGCGGCUUCGCACAGGGGCAGCUGACUGGCGGGCUUUGUGGGCCGCUUGGCGUGCGCGAACUGUUUUUGAACUGUUUCAAGCGUUUCGUUGUUUCUGCUUCGCGAAGCUGUUCCACUGAUUGCUGUCCCUGCUGUUUUCCACUGUUUCUACUGUUAUCUAACAUAUAAAGCCUCCUAGAGUACCCGCCGUUCUAGCGCAUCUACAUCGCGAGAUGAAUCUGGUUCGAACGAUUUACCGUGCAGCGUCCUUUUCACCUUGCUGUUAAACAUCUGGACGUUCGUUUUGCUGCACGCUAUGAAUUCGGGUUAGAGUGGAUGGCGACUGGGCCACCCUUUCGCGUGGACCAGCAUUGCAGUAUGUGUUCCGCGUGCGUGUUCGGGUCAGAGAAGGGGUGGGAUACAGCGCUCGUCCAGUAAAAGACCUAGCCCGCAAGCGUCCCUCCCUCCUCCUCCACGACCUCCCUCCUAGUCGCCGCCGCCUCUCCUCCUCUUCCUCCUCUUUCUCCCGUGCCGCCGCCGCUUCUGCUCACCUUCCUCCUCUUUCUCCCGUGCCUCUGCCGCCGCUCCUCCUCCUUCUACUCCCUACGCUAGCGUGGUUGGGUCAUCGGGUGAGCAGCGGUAGGCAUCUGUAGUGUGUCAGAGUGUGCGGAUGAUGACAGCGGCACGCAUCUUGGUGAGGUAGCGGCCACGGCUGCACCCUUCUCUGCGCUUCCUCUCGAAGUACCCUCUGCUGCUCGUCCUUCGUGUGUUGCCGCACGGUGGAGACAGGUACACGAACUAGGCAGGCCACGGGACGACAGCUGCUCGAGCACCCACCUCAUGAGGAGGGGUUGAGUACAGCUCCCAGUUCAUGGAGGAGAUGCCAGCACAGGGUUUGGUGGCAGAAGUCACUGGAUGCAUGCCCAAGAAGCCCAGCACGGCCAGAUCAAAUCACCCAGGAAAGUUACGUGUGUGCAAGCUAGCUAGACAAGCACACAAGCAAACUGCUGGAUUGAUGAACAGUAGGGUUCAACAUAAUAUAGUACUCUGUAUAGCAAAAAGCUCUCUUUCUCUGAAGUACAGGCAGCCCACGAGCAGUAGCAAGCAGAGCAAUAGCGAGCGGCCAAGUAAGCAGCAACAAGCUUGUGGCCUAACCAUGUGGCCCGGACCAAAAUGGUCUCAUGUGGCAGCACCACAACCGUCUCCAGCAACGGCUAGAAUGAGAAAAACCGGCGCUGACAAAGAAAAGAAGGCACAAGAAGGCAAUGGCAGCUUCUCACCCUGCUGUUCGUGGCAAUGCCUGAUGGCACAAGAAGGCAGUGGCAGCUUCUCACCCUGCAAAUAUGGAAGAAGUAGGAGAGACCUGCGGCUUCGAAUCCUUGGUCCAGAGGAGAAGCAGAGCCCGUCAUGGUUCCUGGAGUUACUCGGGGAGGAGGACGACCGCUGUGGCGUCGCAACGGCAGCUGACAAAACAAAGGAAGGCGGCCUCGGUCCAAAAGUUUGCUGCAUGCUCGGUGUCCAGGAAUCGAACCAGAACGACGGCCGGAGCUGAACAGAGUUAGGGAAACUACCUAGGAUCAAGG